CUAUUGCUAUGUGUACUCAUCAUGCCCUCUACAGUUGCCAUCCGAACGCAGAUGUCGACACUUAAACAUACAAUCCGGCAGCAGCAAGCACAGCUACAUAACCUCGAGAACAAUCUAUUACGCGGUCCGCGACCUCUCCCUCCCGGAAUCCUAAACUCACCACCAAUAUCUCCAGAUGAACUCGACAGCGACCCGUCCCCGUCCUUUGGGCGCUCGAAUUCACACAAUCCGUCUUCAGGCAGCUCAAGCCCGGGGAUCAAGAUGCAGCGUCGGUCGUCGUUUGAGAUUCUAUCAGGGCUCGCGGGGCCCGAAAGUAGCCUUCCGCUGCCGCGACCGAACGCGAAUAACGUGCGCCCUAGCUCGUACAUGGAGGAGAGUCCCCUGAGCAUACGAGAAGGCAUUCCCUUGACGUCGCCUAGUAAACGUGUGUCUAGCCCGACGCGUACGCUCAGUCGAAUCCCCGUCUCGUCUGUCGGACACGCUCGCGCAUUAGCAGAGGAAGAUUCAGGAUUAGGAUCAUCAAUCUCGUCGCUACAACUCAUAUCACCAAGCCGUAGGUCGUCAUUCGCUCCGGGGAAUACCACGAAGGUUCUGGCGGACCUGCAGGCGGGCGUGCUGAAUGCUAAGAACGCGCUGGAGAACACAAAAGCGCAAUUACGGCUCAGUCAACGGCAGGUCAGCCAAUUGACAAGACAAUCUGAGGACCUGAAGGAGGUUCGUGAGCGCUUGCGACUAGAAAAUGAGGGCUUGAAUAAUGUCGUGGCGCGAAAGGAACGAUUGUUGCAAGAGGUCCUGGAACGGGCGCGGAAAGCCGAAGCCGAGGUACUUACACUGAAAGGUCAGCUCAAGACGGAGACAACGACGUCAAAGAAGAGUCUGCGCGAGAUGGAAGCGGCACUGGCAGAGGCGCAAAUGCGGUCACAGAAGUGCGAACGCGAAUAUGUCACGCUGCGGGACUCGCUGAAAGGGCUCGUGGAGUCUUUUAAGCAGGAUCACGAUGGCCUACGAGACGAGAUGCGGAAGCGGGAGGAGAAGAUGCGGCGCGAGGCCGAGGAGGUGCAGAAGAAGUACGUGAAGCUGAUUGAGGAAGUGCGAAAGGAGCGUGAGGAGGAGGGGCGCGGAAUGAAGGAAGUGGUGCGACUCAAGGAUGACAGCUUACGAGUGACGAAGGAGAUUGAGGAGGGUCUGAAGGAAGAGGUGGCGCGGCUCAGGGCAGAGGUCGAUAGGUCAAAUCGGGAGAGCGAGGGGGCGAUUAAGACAGCAAAACAUCUCGCGGAAGAGCUUGCGCAUCUGCGUCGCCUCAUGCGCACAGCCGGGUCCGCAGAAGCCGCACCCGAGGCGCCAGAAUGAGCCCUUCGCCCUCUUCUCGAAUAUUACAGCAGAUAAUUCCCUACCAUACGUAUACGAUACAUUCCAAUUUACCUUCAUCCAUCAAUACCCACUCAAUGCAUUUUUUUGUUUACUUCACGUAGAUUCUGUCCUGUUGUCACUGUCGCAAACUAUAGUAUAUGUUAUGUGGACGAAGCCUCAAGCUUCAGGUAAGAGCUUUCAUGGCGGGUGUCGCGAGA